AUGGAUUUUUGGAGUAUAUAUCAUAAGCUAAUGAGGGCAUGUAGUAGUUCUAAACCUGGGAGAAAACCUAAACCUGAGAGAAAACCUAAACCUGGGAAUAAUUUCCUAAGUAAGCUACCGGACAAGGAUAAAAUAAAAGAAGAUAGCGAGGAAACUACUAAGAAGGUCGAUUAUAAUUUUAAUUUAGAAGAUGAAGUUUCAAGAUUUAGAAAUGAUCACAGCAUAGCUGUUAAAGGUAUUGAUGUACCUCCCCCUAUUCGAAGUUUUCAUGAAUUAGACUCUUUUGAGGUAAGCCAACAAAUCAUUAGCAAUGUUAUAGCAUGUGGGUAUAAUGAGCCAACUCCAAUUCAGAUGCAAGCAAUUCCAGCAAUGCUUAGUGAUAGAGAAAUAUUAGCCUGUGCCCCUACGGGCUCUGGUAAAACAGUUGCGUUCUUGAUUCCAGUCCUUAGUAGUUUAAAAAAAUCAAGUCGAAAAGGCUUUAGAGCGUUGAUCCUCUGUCCCACGAGAGAGUUAGCCAAGCAGACAUUUAGAGAAUGCAUUCGUCUGACUGAAAACACAGGUUUGAAACCACACAUAAUCACGAAAGUUAAGCAAGACAAAUUUGGGCCAAACUUUUCGACGAAGUUCGAUAUACUCAUCAGCACCCCAAAUAGACUAAUUUAUCUUUUAAAACAAGAAAAUCAAAUUCUAUCAUUGACUAAUGUUGAAUGGUUAAUUGUUGAUGAGUCUGAUAAAUUAUUUGAAACAGGAAUGCGUGGUUUUCGUGAGCAGUUAGCUGAAAUAUAUAAAAGCUGUAAUAACUCAGAAAUUAAAAGAGCGAUGUUUAGUGCCACUCAUACUCCACAAGUUGCCGGUUGGUGCAAAAAGAAUUUGAAGAAUGUUGUUUCAGUUACAGUUGGGCAUAGGAAUACCACAGUUAAGAACGUUACUCAAGAAUUAGUUUAUGUUGGUAAUGAAUCUGGCAAGCUAUUUGAAUUUCGAAAUCUUGUCCGGAAAGGCAUACCUCCUCCUGUGCUGAUUUUUGUGGAAUCUAAGGAAAGAGCUAAACAGUUAUAUAAAGAACUAAUUUUAGAUGGAAUCAUGGUUGAUGCGAUUCACUCUGACAGGACACAGUUGGAGAGAGACAAUACUGUUCGUGCAUUUCGAGAGGGAAAAGUAUGGGUUCUUAUUUGUACCGAACUUAUGAGUCGUGGUAUAGAUUUUAAAGGUGUAAAAUUAGUUGUUAACUAUGAUUUCCCACCAUCAGCAAUUUCAUACAUUCAUCGUAUUGGUCGUACAGGAAGGGCUGGCCGAUCAGGUAGGGCAGUAACAUACUUUACCAAUGAAGACAAGUUUGCUUUGAGAAGUAUUGCUUCUGUUAUGAAAGAAUCUGGAUGCGAUGUUCCAGAUUUUUUGUUAAAGUUGAAGAAGCCAAAUAAAUCUAAACAAAGGAGACAGAAGAAGAAUAAUGGAAAAAGAGAUCCAAUAACUCCUCCUAUUGCAGGAUUCCGCUCCAGCUCACAAGGCCUUGUCAACCCAGCAGUGGCUGCAAAAGAACAUCCAAGAGUUCAUCUCUGCCUCGGAUUGGCCCACAGGAAGCCCUCAUCUCAACCCCCUAGAUUAUCGACUUUCCUCCGGACUGGAGCGCUAACCACAAGAAGUGCUGCGUGCUACUAUUAA